AUGCUUCUGGCAGUCGCUCUGGGGGGCUGCUUCGUUUUGGAGCAGCCAGGGAGUUCAGUGCUUGAGUUUUAUCCGGCCUUCCGACACGCUUUGUCCUCCAUGGUACUGAUAUCUGGGGUAGAUACGGUUUGCCGUGUUGGCUGGUGGAUGGGGCAUUACAAUGCCCGAUCGGCAAAAAGGCAAUAUGCCUACUCGAACUCUGCAGCUGUGCGGAGGUUGGACAAAGGUGCCCUGAAGGCCACAGCCCGGAAGGCAAUCAAGAAAAAGGUGGCCACAACAAUCAGGUCCAUGGGGGCUGAUGGAACCGAACGGUACACUGCAUCCAAGCACUUGAAGGCCUCCGAGAUAUAUCCUCUACAGUUCGCAGAAGCUGUGGCCGGCAUCUUCCAAGACUUGAAGUCUACUUGCAAAGGCUGCCCAAGUCUGCCAAACCCGGUUCCAUCAGGCCUCGAGCUGUACGCCUCCGCCAGCACACCCGUGGAUGUCAGCCUCAUGUACAAGACUGCGCAGCUUGGAGAUGUCUACGAUUAUCUACGGGGUUGCAAAUACCUGCACAUCCCACUAGAAUGGCGAUGUCAUUUCCCGGUACGUGGUGAGUGA